AUGGAAGCGAACAACUUACAGUACAUUAGAUGGCAUCAAGCUGAGCUUUUCACGGAAUCGUAUCAGGGACUUGUGGAUCACAUCAACCAACAGCUCCAACUCGACGCACCCAUAGCGGGUGUCGGUCGUAGGAUGAUUUUGCCAUCGUCGUUCACAGGCGGUCCCCGUUUCAUGAAACAGUGUUAUCAUGACGCGAUGGGCAUUAACCUACCGAGAUGGGCCACGGCAAGCGACGGACCGGACCUGGUGUCUAGAGUGUUCAACGCGAAACUCAAGCAGCUAAUGCGCGACAUAACGGUGAACAAUAUAUUUGGUAAUGUCGAUGCAUAUGUUUAUACUGUCGAGUUUCAGAAACGAGGACUGCCGCACGCCCACAUACUGAUCAUUCUGAGUGAGGGUAGCAAGUUUCUAACCGCUGACGAUGUUGACAAUGUAGUGUGCGCCUUCUUACCAGACCCGGCCGUGUGGCACGCUAAACCCAAACAGCCCAUGUAUGGUGGAAAAAAGUUUCCAAAAGAAUACAGCGAAGAGACUGUAUACAUUUCUGAUGGCGGUUACCCGAAGUACCGCCGGCCAAACAACGGACCUGUGGCCAGGGUCAGAAAUCAAGAGGUCAGCAACGAGUUUGUCGUGCCUUACAAUCCGUACCUGUUAGCAAAAUAUGAUGCACACAUUAACGUAGAGGUAUGCUCCACUGUGAAGAGUGUUCAGUAUUUGUAUAAAUACGUAUAUAAAGGGCACGAUGCUGCGACCAUGGAAGUAUGGAACGGAAAUGAAAUAGACAGUUUCAUAAAUUCGAGGUACGUUAGCCCACCAGAAGCCAUCUGGAGGUUGUUUGCGUAUAAAUUACACGACAUCAGUCACACGGUAGUUAGACUUCCGGUGCACCUAGAAAACUACCACAACGUGUACUUUGCGUGUGGACAAGAACUACAGGGGGUACAAAACCACGCCCUACCUCACACAAAACUCACGGCGUUCUUCGCGCUCAACGAGAGAAACGUUUAUGCCCGACAGUAUCUGUACCACGAGAUACCGAUACAUUACACUUGGCAAGCAUCGUCAAAAGAGUGGAGACUGCGGUGUAGACAGGCACCUCGCGAGACGUUAGCUCGGAUGUACGUCGUCAACCCACUAGAUAGAGACCGUUAUCAUCUACGACUGCUACUCUUAAACAGAAGAGGCCCGCGGUCUUUCCGAGACUUGAAGACGGUAAACGGGGUCGUACAUGCCACAUUCGCGGCCGCAGCCGUUGCUUUGGGAUUGUUGGAAGACGACGAAGCGUGGCGGGCGAGCUUGACAGAAUCAUCGUCGUUGGACACAGCCACUCAACUGCGUUAUCUAUACGUCACGAUACUAUUGUUUUGCCAUCCCGCGGACCCCGCGGACCUGUACCGGCGUUUCGAGGUCAACAUGAUGGAAGACUUCAAUCAGCGCUUCCAAAACGUCGGCCGCGCGAGGGCGGCAUGUCUCAAAGCAACCGGAGACCUACUUCGUGCACGCGGAAAAUCACUCAACGACUACGGUCUACCCAAUCCAGACGACCAUCUACUGGAACCGGAUCAAGACGACCAAAUGUUCGGUGCAAUAGAUGCGGUUGUUGCUUGGCAACAACGAUUGUGCGACUUGAACGACGAACAGCGAACGGUGUACGAUCGAGUGAUGGCGGCCGUUGACGACUACCGCAACGUCCAGAAAAUGUUCUACGUCGACGGGCCAGGAGGCACGGGAAAAACGACUCUAUACGGAUGCCUAAUAUCGUCGCUUCAUAAUAGACAACAAACGGUGUUGAGCGUGGCAUACACUGGGAUCGCCGCAUCCCUCAUGGAGGGCGGCAUAACGAUGCACUCGACUUUCGGAUUGCCAUUGGGAACGCUGACCGAACAAUCUACUUCGAGCAUCACCAUGCAGUCUUUGCGGGCGCAAAGGAUACGUGAAGCUUCGCCGAUUGUCUGGGACGAAGCGCCCAUGUCCCCGGGCCUACAAUUCACGGUGGUCGAUCGUUUGCUCAAGGACAUCAUGGGAUCGGCACUACCGUUUGGUGGUAAACUAUAA